GAAGCCCUCUUCUUCCAUUCCAGCUGGGGAAGUAGACCAUUAUCUUCAUCAAAAACUACUCUCAACGAUGAAUCUGUCUCUAAUAUUUUUUUCAUUUGCAUUUCUUUUUAUCAUCACAGUUCCCUCAUCCAAUGGCCAAAAACUCAAGGUGACUAAACAAGUAUAUUUUGACAUCUCCAUCGGAGGGAAGGAUGCGGGAAGAGUUGUAAUUGGACUGUUUGGCGAUGAUGUGCCAAAAACUGUCGACAACUUCUUUCAGAUUGCUACAAAAGGGGUCAACGGAAAAACUUACGCCGGUUCAAGGUUUCAUAGGGUUAUUAAGAAAUUCAUGAUCCAAGGAGGUGAUAUUCUAAAAGGCGAUGGAACAGGAUCGGUCAGUAUUUAUGGAAAAUCUUUUCCUGAUGAGAACUUCAAAUUCAAGCACACUGGGGCAGGAUUUUUAAGCAUGGCUAACAGCGGUCCCAAUUCAAAUGGCUCCCAAUUUUUUAUAACUGUCGCUAAAACUCCUUGGCUUGAUGGUCAUCAUGUAGUUUUUGGAAAAGUUGUUGAAGGUCAGAGAAUUGUCCACACAAUUGAAAAUUUGAAAACUGACUUUGGCGACAAACCUGUUCAAGAAGUUUUGAUUAAAGCGUGUGGUGAAGUCAAAACUGCUACUCCAUUCUUCAUUUCUGACGAUUGGGAAACAUUCUUGAAAGCAUCUUUGGUCCCUCUUGGAAUGUCAUUCACAAUUUUGGGGAUUUUUCAAUGGUUUAUGUACAAAUUGAAUUUCGAUUAAAAAUUAUUCGAGCAUAUUUUGAACUAACUGUAAUUAGUGCAUAAAUUAAU